AUGGCACGUAGGUCCGUUAAAACCGCGGAGAAGUCUCCAUUUUCGCUACUUUCAAUAUACAACCUUGUGGCUUCAUUUGGUUGGGGUUACUUGUUAUACAAUGUACUUGCUGUAUACCCAAAGUUGUUACAGCCUUUAUUUUUUUUGAGUACGAAGAAUCUGUUGAUUAUAAUACAAACUGGAAGCUUAAUUGAGGUAUUGAAUGCUGCUUUAGGUCUUGUUCGUGCUCCUGUUUUCACCACCGCUGCGCAGGUGGCUUCUAGAUUGCUAAUGGUGAUCGGGGUGUUUUUACUACUCCCUGAAACCCCGGCUGCAAAUGGAAUUCCAUUUAUCACAGUAUUGUUUGCUUGGUCCUUUACAGAGGUGAUCAGGUACUUCUUUUACUUCUACAAGCUUUCCUUCGAGAGUAGACCACCAAAUUUGCUUGUUAUCCUACGUUACAAUAUGUUUUGGGUUCUAUACCCAGUUGGCGUUGCCAGUGAGCUUGUGAUCCUCUAUUCUGCGCUACCAUAUGCUGAGGAGAUCUACGGAUGGGGGUACAAGGCUUUCCUCAUCUUUGCAAUGCUCACUUACAUCCCAGGUUUCCCCAUACUAUUCGUGCACGUCAUCGGUCAACGAAACAAGGCAAUGCAGGAGCUUAAGGCUCCUAAGGGGACUCCUAAGAAGACAACCUAG